ACCUGUCUGUAGGUGUCACUUAUAUCACCAGGCUACAGGUGCCUUUAUUUCCACUGUACGCUGGGGCCGGGAGCGCCUGCCUUCUCUUGCGUUGCAAGCCUUGCCCGUGGACCUAGCCAGCACUGUCCUCACAGUGAUGCUGGACUCGGUGACACACAGCUCCUUCCUGCCCAACACGUCCUUCUGUGACCCCCUCAUGUCGUGGACCGAUCUGUUCAGCAGUGAAGAGUACUACCCUGCCUUUGAACAUCAGACAGCCUGCGACUCGUACUGGACCUCUGUCCACCCCGAGUACUGGACGAAGCGCCACGUGUGGGAAUGGCUCCAGUUCUGCUGCGAUCAAUACAAGCUGGACGCCAACUGCAUCUCCUUCUGCCACUUCAACGUCAGCGGGCUGCAGCUGUGCAGCAUGACGCAGGAGGAAUUCGUAGAGGCCGCUGGCAUCUGCGGGGAGUACCUGUACUUCAUCCUGCAGAACAUCCGCACCCAAGGUUACUCCUUUUUCACUGAUGCAGAAGAGACCAAGGCUACCAUCAAAGACUGUGCCGACUCCAACUGCUUGAAAACAAGUGGCAUCAAAAGUCAAGACUGUCACAAUCACAGUCGAACAAGCCUCCAAAGUUCUCACCUCUGGGAAUUUGUGCGAGACCUGCUUCUGUCCCCUGAAGAAAACUGUGGCAUUCUGGAGUGGGAAGACAGGGAACAAGGUGUUUUUCGUGUAGUGAAGUCAGAAGCCCUGGCAAAGAUGUGGGGACAAAGGAAGAAGAAUGACAGAAUGACAUACGAGAAGCUGAGCAGAGCUCUGAGAUACUACUACAAAACGGGCAUUUUGGAACGGGUUGACCGAAGGUUAGUGUACAAAUUUGGAAAGAAUGCACACGGGUGGCAGGAAGACAAGCUAUGAUCAACUGCAGGCAUGCAGCUCCGCUGAAGGAUUUGUCCUUUAAAACAAUCACAUUGCAACAGACAUUUGAAAGUCUUUUUGUUUUGUUUUGUUUUGUUUUUUCAAAUGCUUGCAAAUGUCCUGAUAAAACUUCUCCACAGCUCAGCUUCUAUUUGGAUUCUGGGUUGCUGUCUUCCUGGGGGAGUGGCAGCAACCCUUAAGAACCAACUUUCCCCAACCCCAAGGAGGAUUCUCCUUUGUGGCCCCUACAUCAGACAUUAUCCCCUUAAUUAAGAAUAGCAGAACUACAAUAGCCAAUACCAUUGCUACCAUUCAGAAAACCCACCCAACCCAGUGCCACUGGAGACACAUCCAAGACCCCCAGGGCAAAGGUUGAAAAGCUUUCAGAUAGUUUACUGAAGGUGGAAAGUGAUUCAUUUGUAGUUUAUAUGUAGGAGAGGGUAAAAACUGGGUAAGACAUACUUUAAAUCACAACCGUCAAACUGCGUAGAAGGACCGAGUUUGUAGAAGAGCUAAGUCAUCCAACUGGACAUAAUUUGGAUUUAGCUUAGGCUAAAAACAAGUUUCUAAACCAGGCCAUCAUUUCUGACUACUCAGCAAAAACUCUCAUGGCCAUCCUUCCAGAGUUGGAAAUCUAAUGUUAGCC